AUGUUUAAACCCGGGAAUAUAGAAAAUAUUUACAAAUUUGGUAAUACAGAAAAUUUUGUUGAUUCUGAAUCAGGUAAUGCAGAUAAUUGUUUUAAUGCAUUCAACUUUGGUACACUGGAUCCUGAUCUGAAAACCUUUUUUGAUACCAAAUCUGAUAAUACGAAUAAUUGUAUAUUUGAUUUUGACAAUUCAGAAAACUUUAAUAAGCUUAAUUCUGAUAAUCUAGAAACUUUUUUUAAUAUAUUUGGGCUCAAUAAUGAAGUCAUAGAGCAAAAAGAAAAUAUUUCAAAUUCAUUUUCAAAUAUAGCUAAAGCUUAUAAAAAUCAUGAUGAUAAAACAAAUUCAGAACUACAAUACCCUAUUAAAAUAAAUAUAAGCUUUAGAGAUUGGGAAGAGUUUGGUAAAUAG